AUGUCCGCCCGCCGAGGCGUAGGUCUCUCUGCCUUCCAAAAUCGUUCCUCCCUCUCGACCUCCUAUGCGACCCACGGCGCCUCCCUUCGCAGCACGCACCUCUCCUCUCUCCAAACCCAACUCUCAGUCUUCCAGUCCCUCCUCCACAACUUUGCCCUCCAGCAUGCCGACACCAUCAAGUCAAAUCCGAGCUUCCGCGCCGAAUUUGCUCGCAUGUGUAAUGCUAUUGGUGUCGAUCCGCUUGCUGGAAGCAACGUGAAGGGCAAGGGCGCGGGAAAGGGAGCGAUCGGGAGUCUAUGGGCGAAAGUGCUGGGUGGGGAUGUCAAUGAUUUCUAUUUUGAGCUGGCAGUCAGAGUGGUGGAGGUCUGUAGGGGAAGCAGAGGGGGAAAUGGAGGGUUGCUGGGGGUGGAGGAGUGUAAAGAACAGGUCAAAAAGGGAAGGGGAAUUGGUGGGGGGAUGGAUGUUAGUGAUGAUGAUAUACUGCGGGCUGUCAAAUCUCUCAACCCGUUGGGAUCUGGCUUCUCGAUCGUAACCGUUGGAAGCAAGCAAAUGAUACGAUCGAUUCCCAAGGAACUAAAUACGGAUCAAUCGCGGGUUCUGGAGGCUAUUCAAGUACUGGGGUAUGUCACGGCUUCCAUGCUGGAAGACAACCUGGGAUGGGAGCAUGCAAGAGCGGAAACCGUUAUCGAAGAUUUAUUGGCAGACUCAUUGGUUUGGGUCGAUCUCCAAGCUCCGGAGAAAGAAUAUUGGUCACCGACAUCCAUGAACGACUUUGAGGAUUGA